GUGUUAGAUAUGUGUGCUGCACCAGGAUCUAAAACAGCUCAGUUGAUAGAAUUAUUACAUUCUGAUGAAAAUCAGGAAGUUCCAGAUGGGUUUAUAAUAGCUAAUGAUGCUGAUAAUAAAAGAUGUUAUAAUUUAUAUUUAGAUGGGUUUAUAAUUGCUAAUGAUGCUGAUAAUAAAAGAUGCUAUAUGAUGGUACAUCAGAUAAAAAGACUACAGACACCAUGCUGUAUGAUAAUAAAUCAUGAUGCUUCUAUAUUACCUAAACUAAGAUCUAAUACAGAUGAACAACAUUUACAGUUUUAUCAGUUUGAUAGAAUACUAGCUGAUGUACCUUGCAGUGGAGACGGAACAUUAAGAAAAAACCCUGAUUUAUGGAAGAGAUGGAAUCCAACACAUGCUUGUAGUCUUCAUGGUUUACAGAAGAAGAUUUUAAAACGUGGUGUUGAAUUACUAGCUGUUGGUGGUAGAUUAGUCUACUCUACCUGUUCAUUUCACCCUGUAGAAGAUGAAGCUAUAGUAGCUAAUAUGUUACGGAAAGCAGAAGGUCCAGGCAGUGUUGUGUUCUGCUACAAACCAAAAGACAGUGAAAGUAAACCUCAAUGUGAAAUAGUAUUUUGUGGUUGGAGAGGUAAAGUAUCAGUGAGGUCGUUUGUAGGUGAACAUGAAAGACAACAUGAUCUCAUGUUAUUUGGUAUGGACAUGGAUGAAAUUAAAGCGCAAGCUCUUGGGUCUGUAGCAAAAGCGGGAGUAAAUAUAAGCGAAACAGUGAAAAGAUCUAACGAGUUGAAAGAAUUACAACAUAUAAGAGAAAUGGGAAAUAAAAGAUUAGAAAACCAAAAAAGGCAAUGGUUUUAA